UUUCUCCCCCCACCACUUUCCCCAUCUCACUCUUAUUAUCAACAAAAGGUCGUUUAACCGCCCAGGCGCGCGUCGUCGUCGUCGUCGUUUCGGCGUAACGCGUGACGUCACAGUAGUAAUCCCGCAAACGAGACACCAUGGGUUCGGGACGCGUUCCCGAUUCCCGAUAGUCGAAAUUCGACUGCCGUAAUACGCGCUCGCUUUGUUCUUUACGGAAGUUGCGAAUGAAAAAUCUUUUUGCAAAAUCGGAAGUUUUCGGAAGAAGAAAUCAUUGAUUUUUUUUUUUUUAAAAUGCGAAAUGGUUGCUUGAGAAGAUGCCUAAACUUAGUUGAAUGGGUUGGUGCUCAGUGCAGCGAAUAAGGCUGUGAUCUUCGAUGAGAUCGAACUCACCGACCUGUGCCUAGCUGAGUGUUCAACUAAAAACGUCAAUCACAGUUUUCAGCUUAUAACCCCGUUUAGAUCGCUUGUGCUUUGUUGCGAAUCCCGUAGAGAAAUGGAGGAGUGGCUUACCGCCAUCUCUUCCUCCUCUCAACGACGUUAUCAUGAAUUAGAACCGGAUGUUCUUUCAGGGCAACACCAUUGGUAUGCCCCAUCUUUCGAUGCCAGACCGACAUAUUGCAACGUAUGCCGCUACAAGAUUAAUGCUAGACAUUUACUUCGAUGUGAAGUGUGUAAAUUUAACGUGCACAAACGAUGCGCCGCAAAAGCAAUAAAUAACUGCAAGUGGACCACUUUAGCUUCUGUCGGCAAGGACAUUAUUGAGGAUGCCGAUGGGAACAUUCUUAUGCCUCAUCAAUGGAUGGAAGGCAAUCUUGCCGUGUUAUCAAAAUGUGCGGUUUGCAAUACUGUAUGUGGCUCAGUAUUAAGCCUUCAGGACUGGCGCUGUCUCUGGUGUCAUACGACAGUUCAUACACACUGUCGACCAAAUAUGCAAAAACAGUGUCCAUUGGGACCAGCCAGGGUCAGUGUAGUACCACCCACGGCUCUUCAUUCGGUACAAGAUGAAGCUUGGGAGGUAGUUAGACCUCAGGCCUCCAGUCCUCUUUUAGUUUUUGUCAAUUCAAAAUCAGGAGACAAUCAAGGCGUAAAGUUUUUGCGACGGUUUAAGCAGCUCUUAAACCCAGCGCAAGUAUUUGACCUGAUCUCGACCGGGCCCCGCUUAGGCUUAAGGCUCUUCAGACACUUUGAUCCAUUCCGUAUAUUGGUUUGUAGUGGAGAUGGAUCCGUUGGCUGGGUGCUUUCUGAAAUCGAUAAAUUUGAUAUGAAUAAACAAUGUCAAGUAGCCGUACUACCUUUAGGUACUGGAAACGACCUGGCUAGGGUGUUGGGCUGGGGUGCCAGUUGUGACUCUGACGCACAUUUGCCACACCUUCUAGAAAAAUACGAAAGGGCGAGUGUACAAAUGCUGGACAGAUGGAGCGUGAUGGCAUUCGAACGCACAAUCGCCGUCCCAAAGUUAUCGUUGACCCCAGGCCAGCCCGAUGGCCAACUCCACAUCCAGAUAACCCAAUAUGAGGAAAGCCUUAAGGGCCAUUUGCAAAACAUUCUACAAUCAGACGAAACCUCGGUCAUCAUUAAUUCCGCAAAGGUCCUUUGUGAAACAGUCAAAGAUCUAAGACUUCAAAUCAGCGAGAGCUCAGUUACCAGGGAUGAUGAGGAACUCAUUAAGUUAAGCGAAAUAUUGCAGCAAAAACAAGAUUUGUUGCUACAAGCAUUGACUAGUGAUGUGGAUGUCGCUUCUGCCCCUAGUACAUCUGAAGAUAAUAAAAAACAGGAUGACACGGACAGUGAAAUAUCGUUCGACCGCGGGAAAUCCGAGAAAACCGAGAAGGAUUUGAGCAAUUUUAACUUUCGCAGGCACCGUAGAACAUCGAGAUUUAUGGAAAGGGAGAAGGACGCACUCAACAACCGUGCAAAUAGCUUGAAAAAAGCGUUGAGAAGUUUGGUUUUACACACAGAACAAGUAUUUGACUUGGAAAAACAUAAACAGGAAUCGGAUGUACCUGCUUUAAAAGUUUCUCCAAGCAACGAGAUGGAUAGAACGCCGACUUUAGGAAGAAAAAAUAUUACCAAAAUGGAUUCUUUAAAAGUUGCCGCUGGGCUAGAUUCAUCUUCCGUUUCCGAUGCUAGUUCAUGUCCGUCACCUACGGGAUCUGUUAUAACUGCCCGACUGGUAAACAUUUCACCGAUUCCGGAUGUUCGACGGGACUCAGUGGCCGCAGAUGCUGACUUAAUGACGCUUCCUGUGCCUCCUGAUUUCGCUGACAGUAGAAGAUCUAGUCGGAUCCAGCAAGGGGUUGAAGACUCCCAAACCCAAAAAAUCCUUCUCGAAACAGCAUCGACCUUAUUGACAAUCGAUAAAGUGCAACUGACCGACCUGACCAACGAAAAAGAUAAAGCGGACGUUGAAAAACAACGAAGAGAUUCAAAACCUGACCAAGAUGAAAAGAGCAACGCUGAUGAUGACAAGGAAUCAUCAAGUAUAAUCUCAGUAAUUUCCAACGAAGAAACAAGCAUCGCAAGUGAGAUUUUGGAAAAAGGGUCGUUUAUCCCUCGAAAAGGAAGCGACGGUGAAGAUUUGAACGGUCAUAUCUGCCACAUCGACUCUCCAGAAACUGAUACAUAUCCCACUUCUGAGGUAGUACAGGAAUCCCUUAUGGAUGACUUAAGUUCAAUGGUCGGAGAGCUUAUUUAUGGUUACGAUCAGGAAAGCGUGGCUGAUACUUAUACUGAUGAUACUACAUUGUUUCAUACUGAUUUAGAGCGAAAACGCAGCAUCAAAAAGGAUACUCUAGAACGUGUGAAAAAGAACAGUAUGCGUAGAAAAUCUGCACCUGGCGCAGCAAGAUUGGAAGAAGAUGCACAGUACGGCUUUGAAAACCGAGCUUUUAUGUCCCAACACGUAUUUUUGGACAAGCGAUAUGACAGACAGCGACCGCAACGGUAUUGCAGCUUAGCUCAGUUUGUUGAAGGAAGCGAUAUAGCGAGAAGAUCAUUCAAACGUCGUGCUCCAACUAAAGCAACAAAAGCCGAAGCAAAUUUAAGUAGGCAGACCACAGUUGUGGAAGAAAGUGAGAGUGUCACACCUAAUCACAGCGAUAAUAUCGGUAAUAUUGAGAGCUUUGCUAAGGAGCUAUCUGUUGUCACUCCUAAAGAAGCAAUGGACCAAGAUAUAGAAGACAAAGAGAGUGAAAAGUGCAAGUUUCCUCAAGUGAGUGUGAUAGUAGAGCCUCCCUCCCCGAUAUCAAGCGAACAAGCCCGAAACGAGAGGAUAGAGCAGACUAUUCGCAUUGAAAUAGAAGGAGCUGAUGAUGAGCCGGAUUUUCGACAUCUCUUGUCCAACACCGCCAUCAGCAACACUUCGACCAGCAACUUGCUGACGGUGGAUCAUGAUUAUAUGCCAACGAGAUCUCCAGCAGCUACAAGGAGAAUUUCAUGCUGUAGCAUGCUUAAUCCCCAAGACGCUGCCGCUUUGGCGGCCACAGCGGCAGCUACCACCAAAUUUUACCAAGACAGCGAGAAAAAAGAAAAAAAAGUUGAGGAUAAGGAGCACCACAAGAAGAAAGGGAAGUUGCCAAUAAUUAAUCCUCUGGUGCGGUUGCCAUCUUGGCCUAAUUUAGAUAUUACCGUUAGUGGGUUUAUAAGUAAAUGCCUCCUAGCCAACGCGGAUACCCUGUGUGCAGCUGUAGGGCCUUUAAUGGACCCAGAAGAAACUUUAAUGGAAGGAUUUUAUGAAAGAUGCGUCAUGAAUAAUUAUUUUGGGAUUGGAAUUGAUGCAAAAAUAUCUCUGGAUUUUCAUCAUAAACGAGAAGAGCAUCCAGAAAAAUGUAGGUCCAGAGCAAAGAACUAUUUGUGGUAUGGAGUAUUAGGCGGCAAGGAAUUACUUCAACGAACAUUUAAAAAUUUGGACCAAAGGGUUCAAUUAGAAUGUGACGGACAACGAAUUCCGUUACCUAGUUUACAGGGUAUUGUAAUACUAAACAUUCCUAGAUUUAUGGGUGGCAUCAACUUCUGGGGUGGGACCAAAGAGGACGACGUAUUCUUAGCUCCGUCGUUCGACGAUAAAGUCUUAGAAGUGGUUGCCGUGUUCGGAUCCAUGCAAAUGGCCGCCUCAAGGAUGGUCAGAUUUCAACAUCACAGGAUUGCACAGUGUCAGAGUAUCCAGAUUAAUAUAUUAGGAGACGAGGGAGUUCCAAUUCAGGUAGACGGAGAGGCCUGGAUACAACCACCCGGUAUCAUAAGAAUUCUGCACAAAAACCGUAUGCAAAUGUUAAGCAGAAACCGGGCCCUGGAAACGUCUUUGAAAAGUUGGGAGGAAAAACAAAGGCAGAGCAUUGCUGGACAGGGUGGAGCUAAACCAAGACUGUCCAUAUCUGGACCGAGCCAUGAUAAAAGCAGAAGUAGCAUUACUAGGCAAAGUAUGCCUGGACAAUCUGAUACUUCAAAGGGUUUCUUAGGCGUUACCGUCGAGAAAAUUAGACAACACUCGUUUAGUGGAGCGGUGCCACACACUGAAAAGGAAAAACAUUCGGUUACAUUUGUGGAUAAUCCGGAACGACUGGAUACUGAUGUGUUAUUCGGAGAAGAAGAACAUUAUUUACUCUUAAAUUUCAUUGAAUGUACUGCCUCGCUUUGCAAAUUAAUUAAGAUAUUGGCCAUCAGUUAUACACUUGAAACUGAUCUAUACUCACUGACAACAAAAAUUGAAGAAUAUCUAGAAAGGAUUCAUCCCCAUGGAAAACUUCUAACUGGACCAGCUUUACGUCCGGAGUUCACCAAUUUAGUCGAGGCAGUAAGACAACUAUAUGAUGAAAGUUGCUUCUUGUUGCAUUAUAGGAGCGAAAAACUGAAACUUCGGGAGGAUUUGGAAAGCAAAUUAAGCAUGAGCUUGGCAAACAUGGAGUUGGAGCUUCGAAAAUGUGGGGUAGUUGAUACACCCAGAGGAAGGCUGGUUUACCUUCAAGACGUAGUAGAAGAAAGCGAACAAAAGAAAAAAGGAUUAUCCUGGUUGAAAUUCCGAAGAGGCGCUUCGUCUGAGCGACGGGCUUCAAGCUGUCACCGUGAGGUGGCCUCCUGGGGAAACCAGGAAGUUGCCACGUGGCUGGAAACUCUACAACUAUCAGAAUAUAUUGAUAAUUUUGUGAAGCAUGAUAUCAGAGGGCGGGAGCUACUUACUUUGGCAAGAAGAGAUCUUAAGGAUUUGGGAGUCACUAAGGUCGGACAUGUGAAACGCAUUUUGCAAGCAAUCAAGGACUUAUCUCAAAGCGUGUAAACGAUACCACGCCAAAUCCCUAAACUACCAUAUCAAUUGCAAAGAAAAGGGUUAUAAGCUAAAUACGACUAAUCUUGUAGUUUUAGAAAACACCGAUUGUUUUCAGUAGACUGGAGAGGAACAAUAGUUCUAGAUUAGAUCUAUAUGUAGUCCAAGCAGUUCACAAUUCCUGCGGACUGACAUGAGAGAAAUAAAUGUAUGAUAAAUACUACUUUUAUGAUACAAAGCAAAAAUACCCCUGUAGCCAAUUAGAAAGCGAACAACCCUGAACAAUUAUUUGAAUUUACGACUUUUUUAUAUAACUUUAUUUUAUAGGAGUAGAAGUCGUGUUAUUUUUUUAUCCCUAAACUCUUUUAAGUCGAAGUUUACCAUAAUCUUUAGUAAACUUAAAUAUUAAAUGUGAACUAUUUAUAGGCCCACUGUGAUUUCUAUACAAUGUGUUAUAUUUCUUAACAUAAGAACCCUAGAUAUUAAGAGAAUUUCUUCUCUAUCCUAUUACCAAAGAAAAUAAUAAUUUAUUAAUAUCGGCAUUUAUCGAACUUUAUUCCAUAUUAUACAUAUAUUUUAUUUAUAUGUCUUCCGAAAAAAUCCUUAAAAACGUA